UCUCGAGAGAUAGUAUCAGAACACACACCGUUACGUCCGCACUCGGUAUCGCAUCAGCAAUCGAGUCUACUCUGGUCCAUUUUGACAUGUGCCUUUCUCUUUUUAUCCGUGUUUUUCAUCGGACGGUUCGUCGUUUUCUGGAGCAUGUUGCAACGAAACAUGCCAAUCGAAGAAGCCAGUGAAUUAAUUAAAGCGAUCCCUUCAAGCAACUCUAUCCGCGGUUACCUUCAUACUUAUGCAUCAGUACCUCAUUUGGGUGGAUCUGAUAACGAUUUCCUUCAAGCGCAGUGGACAAGAGAUAAAUUUAUUGAAUAUGGUAUCGAGAAUGCAGUGAUUGAAACGUAUUAUCCUGUGCUCAACGAGCCCUUGGUCCGUCGGCUCGCUAUCGUCAGUGGUUCCGACGAGUUACUAUACGAAGCUUCACUCAAAGAAAAACCUUUACCGGGCGAAGAUGAAAGAGACGAUGCUGUUCCCACAUUUCAUGCAUAUUCUGGAAGCGGCAAUGUCACCGCCCCGGUUGUAUACGUUAAUUACGGUCAGAAAAGUGAUUUUGAAUUUCUGCUGUCUCAAGGCAUCCCCGUCCAAGGCACCAUUGCUCUGAUGCGAGCUGGCGUGGUUUCCCAUGGAUUAAAAGUCCGUCUUGCGGAGACAUACCAGUGUGUCGGCGCUCUGAUCUACACCGAUCCACUUGAUGAUGGUCCGAUUAAUAAGUUCAAGGACGACGAUCUACCUGAUGCGUCAUAUCCCAAAGGCCCAUGGCGAUCCGCUUCUUCGGUUGAAAGAAGUACGGUGCAGUUCACUCCGUUCUUGAUGGGCGAUGUCACCACACCUGGAUAUGGUGCCAUUUCACAAAACACGACUCGUCGUUCGGUGAACGAAUCGUCUCCAGUGGUGCCCACAAUUCCUUCUCUUCCUAUCUCGUGGCAAGACGCGUAUCCGCUGCUCAAGGCUACGGAAUCACUGGGUGUUCAACCAGAGCAAGGCUGGGCAGGCGGUCUUGACAAUGUCAGUUAUUUCAGCGGUCCAAGCGAAGCUUUGAUUAAUUUGGUGAACAUCAACAACUAUCAAAUCAAACCGAUCUGGAAUGUGAUUGGCCGCAUUGAGGGUAUUGAAGAGCCUGACCAGGUUGUCAUCCUAGGCAAUCAUCGUGACGCUUGGGGAUACGGAGCCACCCACUCAUCAUCGGGAUCGGCGGUUAUGAUGGAAUUAGUCCGCACGCUCGGAGUUUUAUCCAAGCGCGGAUGGCAUCCACGACGCACCAUUGUGAUUGCUUCUUGGGAUGCCAAGGAAUAUGGCUCGGUCGGUGCAACGGAAUGGGCAGAGAAUCAUCAAUCUUGGCUUGACGAACAAGCGAUCGCCUAUCUAAAUGUGGAUAUGGCUGUCAGCGGAUCUCACUUUUCGGCCCAAGCGUCCCCGUUGUUGCACCGUUUGCUCUACGAAGUGACACGUUCGGUUAUUGAUCCUCGAACCAGCCAAUCUGUGUAUGACUCUUGGCAGAAACGGUGUCCCGCGGUGGAUGGAUCGGCGUUCCCCGUCAUUGAUCUUUUGCAUGAUCCCUCGGACACGGUUCCCUUUUUUUAUCAUCUUGGUGUGCCAAGCAUGUCAUUGCAUUUCAAAGGCAGUUACGGUGUACGCGGAAGCAAUUACGACAAUAUCUAUUGGAUGGAAACUUUUGGCGAUCCGACAUUUGAGUAUCACCAGACGAUGGUGAGACUUUGGGGACUGGUGGCAUUGCAUCUUGCAAACGAUAUUGUCUUACCGAUGUAUCCGCUGGACUACGCCAAUGCUUUGACGAGAUACGUGGAUUCAAUUAGCGACCAGGAGCAAGGCUAUCUAUCGUUUCCCUCGUUAACUUCUUCCAUUCAUGCACUGCGUCGCACUUGCGUCCGAUUGGACAAGAAAAUGAUGUCGUGGAAAAAAGAUGUCCAUAUAAAGAAACAUCAUGGACAAAAGUUGAUGAAACAAAUCCUUCGAACAAAUGGACAUAUUGCCCAGUUGGAGAGAAUCUUCCUGGAUCCGGUGGGUUUACCUCAACGCCAGUGGUACAAGCAUGUUUUGUACGCUCCUGAUGUGUGGACCGGUACGACGGCGAAAAUUUUACCGCUGAUCACAGAAACUCUGGAAGAAGACGGGAGCCCAAAUCUCAUCCGAGAAGCGGAACAGAGAACCGCCAGCUUGAUUAUUGAAGCACGAGAAUUAUUGCGGGGAAGAUUUGAUGACACAAUGGAUGAUGAUUUCGACAUGGAUGAAUAACAAGCCAAAAAAUUAACCAUCGUGAUCACGAAUGUACCUUUUUUGGGUUCUUCUUGGAAAAGAAAAGAACAAAUAAAUAAAACCAGAAACUUCCACAGUUCUUAAAAAGAAGUACUUUCUUUCAUUUCUAUGAUUGGUGAAAAUAAAGGGUGACAAAUUAUUUUUAGUAGUGCGAUGACCUAUCGUUAUUUUCCCCAUAUUUG